UUGGAGCCAAGCCCUAACCCUAGCUCACUGAUGGUGGCUUUAGGGUGAGUGAUGGAGGACGCCGACGCGGGAGUGGCAACGGCUGGAGCGCCAGAAGGUUGUUUGCCUCCUCGCAAGCGUCUGCUCAACCGCGGCGCCAGUGAUCCGAGCAAAGGUAUGGCGGAAGGGGGAAUCGCGGCCGUGGCGGUCGACCAGGGCGGCGCUGGAGCUGUGGGAGCUCCUCCAGGCCCGGCGGCAGUGGCAGGAGCAGCGCCUGGGCUGGGAUCGGGUGCGCCGGGGGGAAAAUCCGACGAGAGCUGCUCGUGGUGUGGGAGCAAAGAGAACAGCGCUUGGCGGCGCGUGAAGAAGAGCGGGGUUUACCAGCGGCUGUGCAACACUUGCACCAUGCUCUACAGCAUGAAUAUGUUCUGUCCCUACUGCCUCGUCACGUACCAGGACGCGGGGACUCUGGGUGAUCCCAAGAUCUGGCUCAACUGUGGACAGUGCAAGCGAUCGGUUCACGUAGAAUGCGAGACGAAGAACUCUCCUGGCGCGGCUCUCGACCCAAAUGCGUAUACUUGUCCCGAGUGUAGGAACAAGAACGAGGAGAGUACCAGCCCGGCAAGCCCAUCGCACAAAAAGGCCCGGACUGUCAAGAGCGAGGGUGAUGAUCCUAGUGCUGCUGCCAAUCCUAGCGCUACUACUGCUGCUACUACUCCGACUACUGAGGCUCCCAUGGAAGAGGAUAGCAAGCAGGGACUUCCUCCAAAGCCAAGUGUUAAUCAAGCCCAGGAAGCGUUGCAAGCGGCGAAGAACGCUGCCCAGGCUGCUGCUAGAGCUGCCGCUAACGCAAAGGCGACGGCUCUUGCGAAAGCCCAAGCUGCGGCCAAGGCUGCUCUUGCCGCCAAGGCUGCGCUUGACAUCGCGGCACAGGCUGCUAGAGCAGAGAUACAUGCCAGGUCUGAGCUACGGCGGAAUGGUGUUCGUCUGGAGCCUAGAGUCGGCGGCUUGAUUGGGGCGAAGCUGGAUCCCUCGGAGAAAGGGAAGGAAGAGAGCCAGGGUGACGAGAUGCAUAUCACUUCGCCAAGGUCUGCUCGUGGAGUCCGGCGAAAGCAGGAAGGAAUGUCGCCAGGAGCUUCUCCUUCUGGAGUGGAGCCGAAGGAGGAGCCUGGUGAGUCGAUGCUUCAAAAGCAGCAGCCCCGGAUCAAGGAAGAAGACCAAGCCAACCACGCUCUCUACCAGACUGUCGACACCCACGGCUUCCCAUCGACGUAUUUAUCGGAUCCCAACGCCGCGUUUCCGUUCGCGGACAUCCUCUCCGGCUUUCCUUCUCAAUCCGAGGAGCACGGCGGGGUCACGGCCAUGGAUACCGACGACGGUGGUCCUCACGAGGUUGUCAACUUAGGCCAAGGCGGUGUCCAACAGCAGGUCGAUAUGGCUGCCGCAGUGAAGAAGGCCGCGGACGAAGGGAACGCAUUGACAAAGGCACAGGCAUCCGCCGAUCAGGAAGCUAACAAGACUGACACUGACAUAUCGUUUUACGGAGUUCCAUCCGACGCGAAGUUUGAGAUUGGCAAGUGGAAUGAAGACGUGAAGCCGGAGGAAGCUCCUGUAGUCGAUGACAAGCAGCAGCAGAUAGGCAUUGAGGAUUACGCAAAUGAGGGUCUUCCAGAGGUUGCAGCGCAGGAAAACAAUCCAAGCGAUGGAACCAAGGCUGAAGAAGUGGUGGAGGCCGCUCCAAGGGAUCAGGAAGAGGUAGUCAACGAGGUAGUGAUGCAGCCCGGGUCCGAGGAUGCUGGAGAUGCGUCAACGAACAAAGGAGUGGAGCCUGAGAGUACGAAUGCCGGUGAUCUGAAAGGAACGCAGACCGCGUCGCUGGAGUUGUCCGACGCCGCUAAGAAUCCGGCAGCUCCUCCUGUAGCUUCCGAAAAUGAUGCAGUCGAGGCGCAGUGAGAAUCAAAUCUGGCAGAAAUCAGUCCAUUGUACCUUGUCCAUACUGGCAUAUUAUAUUUUGUCUAAAGAACCACCAUUCAGUAAGUUGUUACUACAUAGCUACGCUACUCGCAGGCUUUUUCAUUUUCGAAAUCGCUGCCUUGGUUUUUAAUAUGUUAUUCGCAGAUGCAGAUGAACUUUGAGAACUUUGAAAGAAAAAAAAAAGUUGCCUACUACAGUUUCCUAGUUGCUACCAGCGACGAGCAUCCUUGGAGUCGGCGUCCGACUGCCAGGCCUCGAUCGAGUUAGACCAUGACGGUGUUGUGAGUGAGCUCGUGUAAGAUUUACUGAUGAUCGCCAUGGCAGCGGCGCUGGGAACGUAGCCGAGGCCAGAGACCGAGGCCGAGUUUUCGUCCGACCAUCGGUUGAUCCACGACCCUUCCUUGCGGAUGGAUUGCCGUUUGGUGUAGAGCGGUCGGGUUAGAACAGACUCCGGAUGGACAAAGUUCUCCUGGUUUGAUCCAGAUUGCUGCAAGCAAACCAGGCAAAAUGAGAUUUUUCUCCUCGGAAGUUUUGCCUACCUGCUGGGAUUGUUUUUGGUGACGAUCUGUGCAAGGAAUCGAAGCUAAGAAUUCGAUUUU